AUGAUUAUUUUAAGAGUAGCUAUUCUAAUUGCAAUAAUCUAUUAUUCAUGUUCUUCACCAUCCGAUUACAAGUCCCUUAUAGAAAACAUAAAAAUCGAUUACUACAAUACCGAUUUAGCAUCCCCUAACUCGUCCUUCAAAUUGUUCAAAUAUAACCGAAGCCAAUUCGCCAUAAACGUAUCUAUUUGGAUAUUGCAAGAUUUGGACGGUAGAAAAAUAGAGAGCGCCACGAAACUUUAUAAAUUUUUGAGUAACGACUUCAAAUAUACUGGAGUGCAAUUAAAAGUGCCCAACGUGUGCAAAAUGUGGAAGGAUGAUUUGUACGGGAUUAGAACCAUUAUGAGAAAAUGCGGCGACGUGGAUUUGUGCGAUAUUAAAAAAGGCCACUGGCACUUAGACAACUGCUGGCCAACCGAUAGCAUAAAAUAUUUCCCGAAAAGCAUUCCAUUGGGCCACUACAAAAUCGCCAUGGAAUCUAAACUAAUGGAUGGUACUCCACUUGUAACAAUCGCUUGGUACGGUGAAGCCAGCUUAUACUUCAGGCAAAUGAAAAAUAAUCGCGAGCAUCUAUAAUUUUGUAAUUAUACCAACACUGCAGCAAUACUGACAAUUUUGAAACGUUUGCAAUUUUCUACAUAAAUAAUAAUUCG